GUUCCGGCUGAUGGUUUAGCGAUCUGCCCAUCGAUAAACGAAGUUGUCGUUCACACAUUUCUAUGUCAUGACUUUCUAGUUCGGAUGCUUUGAGGUUUUCAUCCAGAUCCAGUUACAAUUUUAUUUAUUGACUCUACAUGUUUUGAGAACUUCUGAUCAGCAAAAUGACGGACCUGGGCUAUUCCUUCUCAUCAAGCCUCAAUGAGACAGAAAUGUACGAUGACCCGUACGUCCAGUCACCUCUAAAGGAGACAAUCAUCUUGAGCUAUUCUUUAACUUUCUUCUUUGGUUUCCUUGGCAACCUUCUGGUGAUAUUCGUCAUUGCUCGGAAUAGGUCCAUGCACACUGUCACAAACUUCUUCCUGGCAAACCUAGCCGUAGCCGACCUGUUUGUGUCGCUGUUCUGCACCAUCCCCAAGCUACUGUGGUUCGUUUCGUCCAGCUGGGAGUAUGGCGACUUCCUUUGUAAGUUCCAUAACUACGCCAUGAGCGUCACGACAACAUCGUCCAUCUUUAUCUUAACCGUCAUCUCCAUGGAACGUUUCAUCGCCAUAUUGCGCCCUCUAGAGACGAGACGACUCCUAACGGCCGGUCGACUCACCGUAGCAAUGGCGACCGUAUGGAUCGCUAGCGUCUUGUUCAACAUCCACUCAAUGUGGUAUUUCCAUGUAGAUUAUGUUGACGGUGUCCCUUACUGUAUUCCCAAUGUGAAAAUGACAAGUCCACACGUGAAGAUACAAACAGUUGUGUUCUUCUGUAUUUAUUACGUCAUUCCACUGAUGGUGAUGGUUAUCCUGUACGGCCUGAUCGGCCACAAACUCUGGGUGAGCAGUAAACUGAGGCUCACUGCAUCAGAUUGUGAGAAGCCUGAUCGACCAAAGAGGAACAUCAUUACCAGGUUGGCUGGUGUGCGGGACAUCUUUAAGAGAAGAAACCAAACACCAGCGCCCUCUUGUGACGCACAGAAACAAGCCAACAACGGAGGCAAUGUGGAUGCGAGUCGCCAAGGACCACCAGGUACAUUCGAGGAGGCACAGGUGUUGAUACAGACUCAAAUCUCGACCAAAUCAGAGGAGAAUCCCGAAACACAAAAGAUUGGGCCAUUCUUUUUGGACGAGCCUGAUGAGGAUAGCGGCCAGAUGAGCCCAGCAGUUGACCAAUCAUGUAUCUACAAACCGAAAGGGGAUCCCGACCACGAGAUAAGCAUCCGAAUCGAAAUGGCGGGAAAUAAGAAAGAAGAGACGCGGGAAACAACUCUCACGGAAUCGCGGAACGGUCCAGUGGAAAAUAACGCCUGCAAAGUGACGACGAACAACAAUCAGAGUAAGGCCUCGGACGCGGCUCCAAAGGUCUCGAAACCCCGUCGUCCCUUCUCGGCUGCUCGCCCCCUCACAAUCUCCAAAUCAGAAAAGUCCAAACACAAGAAGAGCAAGAAGAAAGAAACCGUCUCAGCUCGUAAGAAAGUGAUUAAGUUAUUGGUCGUCGUGGUGUCCUCUUUCGCCCUUUGCCUGCUGCCCUAUCAGAUCGUGGCACUGGUCCUACCGUUUGGAUCCAUUCACAUUCCCCCCUUUUUUAACCCCAUGAUUUACCUGUGUUAUUUCUUCAACAGCGCCCUCAAUCCUUUCUUAUACGCAUUUCUUUCGGAUAAUUUCCGAAAGAGGAUGCGAGAGACAUUGACGCUAAGGUCGUCAACUCGUCAGAGACAAUGGAAGCAGACACAAUGGCGCAUGCGCAGUAUGACUGAAGCCACGGAGACGGAAACAGUGUAUACGUCAUCGUAGACUUUGACCAAUCGUAACUCUCAACUCCAUUGUUCAGUUCAUUUGGACUUCAAAGUUGUGAAAACCACAAAACCAAACAUUUUUUGACAAGCUUGCAAUAAUGAAACUGAAGUCGUAUCGGCUUCAAGGUCAUUUGAGGGCUUGCAUGGCUAUCUGAUUUGGAAACUCUCAACAUUUAAAUUUUCUUUCUAAAGAUUAGCACCUUGCAGUACUAAAACACCCCAUGGUAAUCAAAAAGGGCUAAAUAAAUAACGUAUUUCAAAGAACAGCAUUUUGUUCAGUUAUUAAUGAAGCACAGUUUGUUUUGCCAAUUACACGUGAAACUUUGCUAAUAUUUUAUGUACCACAUGAAUUCUCACGAACCCCAGAGUCUACCUGACAUUAUUUCUUUUAAUUUAAUAUUUUUAAUCGUGUUGUGAUCUUGUGGUUCAGUUUAAACAAUUCAUUUACAUUC